ACGUGGCGGUUUUCACGUUGGUGGCUGAGAGCGACGAAUGACGAACUACAGUCCAACUUCACGCGAGUUAUACGGCAACAGUCAGAGGAACACCAUGCAAAUGGCCUGGUUACUACUUCUUGUGACGUUUUGCUCGAUGUCUGCUCUAAGUCAGGGAGCCGAUUGUACUCGAAUUGUGUGCUACCACACCAACUGGUCCCAGUACCGCCCUGGUGUUGGGAAGUUUGUACCAGACGACAUAAACCCCAGACUGUGCACUCACAUUAACUACGCGUUCGCCAAAAUAGUGGAAAACCACCUUGAGGCUUUUGAGUGGAACGACGAGUCUACAGACUGGAGUACCGGCAUGUACGAAAAGUUCGUGAACACCAAGCAAAAGAACCCGAACGUCAAACUGCUGCUGUCUGUGGGAGGGUGGAACAUGGGGUCGGCCCCGUUCCACGCCAUGGUCGCUACUGCAGCCGGCAGACACGAGUUUGCUACCACAUCUGUCAAGUUCCUUAGAUAUCACCACUUUGACGGCCUUGACCUUGAUUGGGAGUAUCCCGGAAGUCGUGGGAGUCCCGCAGAAGACAAAGGUCAUUACGUAGAGCUGCUUAAGGAAAUAAGACAAGUAUUCGACGCUGAUAUUACCGGAACUACACUACUGCUGACCGCCGCGGUGCCUGCCGGGAAGAAAAACAUUGACUCAGGAUUUAAUAUUCCAGAGGUUAUGAAAUAUCUGGAUUUCGUUAACCUGAUGUCCUACGACCUGCACGGAAGCUGGGAGUCAUACACUGGUCAUAACAGUCCUCUAUACGCCACUUCUAAAGACACCGGAAAUGACGUCGAACUCAACAUAGACUGGGCUGCCAACUACUGGGUAUCAAAGGGAGCUCCUAAAGACAAGAUCACCAUUGGACUGGGGACGUACGGUCGAUCGUUCACCCUCACGUCAACCACUGACACCGGACUACACGCUAGCACUCGGAGUAAAGGCAAGGCAGGAAAAUACACAAGAGAAGGAGGAUUCCUGUCAUAUUAUGAGAUCUGUGAAAUGGAGAAAAAUGGAGGCCAUGUCCAUCGUAUUGCAGAAGCCGGGAACGUCCCGUAUCUAGUUCACGGAGACCAGUGGGUAGGGUACGACGACGAACAGAGUCUGAGAACAAAGGUUCAGUACGUGAAAGCACAUAAGUUUGGAGGAGUCAUGAUAUGGACAAUGGAUCUGGACGACUUCAAAGGCACAAGCUGCGGAAACGGGCCUUACCCGCUACUACAUGCAAUCGAACACGAGUGUGAUUCCAUGUGGGGAUCCGUGUUCACACGGCCUCCUACCCAGAAUCCAGGUCAUCACCACACAACACAGGCCAACUACGCCACACCCGGUCCAGCGUCUACUCAAUAUCCGGGUAUCCACCAGGAUAGUACGUUCAGCUGUUUGGACAAGACCGACGGCUUUUAUCCCAGCAAGGACAGCUGCACGGAGUACUACAUAUGUGUCUCCAAGUCGUCCUUCAACAUGAAGUGUGCUCCCGGUCUCGUUUUCAACCCCAACAACAAGAUCUGUGAUUGGCCGCGGAAUUACAAAUGCGUCAGUGAACAAAUUACCCAGACUCCUCCGGUUGUCCAGACGACCCACAUGACGCAACCUCCCCAGAUAGCCGUUACCAUACCUCUUGGUGGAACAGAUCUCUGCUUCAAAUUAGGAGACGGCAUCCAUGCCGACACUGCUGACUGCAAUUACUACGUACAGUGUAACGGAGGAAGUGAGUUCCACUUUAAGUGCGCGCCAGGAACGGUAUACAACGACAAGAUCCACACGUGCGACUUCCCUUUCAACGUCCCCCAGUGUGCGCCCUAAAUGAUCCUCUUUAGAAAUAAAGUCGAAUUUUGAGAUC